AUGGCCAUCUAUUCUGUGGUCCUUUUACGAACUGUGGCCAACAGGAAUAUCACCGAUGAUAGACUUGGGUAUCAGAUUGCUUAUUACGUCUCCGUGUGCACCUUAGAGAAGGGGGUGCCCUGUGUCCACAGCCCCCCACCCCAUCCCCUCAACAACUGCCCCCACGCCAUUCCCCUACAUCAGACCCCCCCCCCCAAGGACGCGGUGCAGCUGCCCCCUGUGGGACAUGCACAGCCUCCCCAGCCACCUUGGGGUUCUCUGGACGGCCUGCUCCCGUCAGAAGCCUGGGUGUCCCGUAGAGUCCCCAGGGGCCACGGGAAGAUAGUGAUCCCAGAGGUUCACAGCCUGUAUCGGGGUCACACCUGCAAGACGUUCCCUGCUUUCCUCACGGCGGCUCAGACCUCAAGCUCCAAGAUGCUCUGGGAUGGGCAGCGAGCCCUGUUCCACGUGCUGGCGGCCUACUCCGUGUACAACACCGUGAGUGUCCCUGCCCCCACCUCCUGCCCAGCGGGCGGCCUUGUCCUGAGUGCUGGUGACCAGCGGGACUCACACCUGGCACAGCUCACGGAGGCCCCCCCUGCUGGUCUGAGGAUGUGGGCCCUGGCACAGCGGCCGCAGGGCUUGGUAGCGGGGCCUGGGGUGCUGGCGCCCGAGCUGGUCCGGGAGGUGGGCUACUGCCAGGGCAUGAGCGAGAUCGCGGCCAUCCUCCUCAUGUUCCUGCCCGAGGAGGACGCCUUCUGGGCGCUGGCCCAGCUGAUGACCAACGACAGGCACGCCAUGCACGCUUCCCGCUCGGCUGCCUGCUUGCCCCCCAGGCCCCCUGCCUGCCCACGGCCACACGGGGCCCAGGGGGCAGCGUCUCCCCCUCCCGGGGGCCCCCAGCCUCACUCCCAAGCCCCACAGAGGGCCGUGCACGCCCAUCACCCUCCCCGUGGCCUGCACCCGCUGCCCCUUGGGGCUGGGGACCCGCCUGUCCCCGCGGCGGCCCCUGCAGGAGAGGGGGUUCUGGGUCAGCCAGGCGUGGUCCUCAGCCCCCAGCCCACGCCCCGCGGGGUCUCUGUGAGGACGAGGGUCCCCGGGCCCCGCGCCCCUGUUCUGGGAGGCAGCCCUGCCCUCUGGGAAGAGCGGGUCCAGUCAGGGCUCCGAGGGCGGUGGGCACACGGGGGUCAGGGCGUGGGGGGAGGCCCCUGCCCCGACACCCCCACCCCACCUGGUGCAGGAGGAGGCCCUGACCGUGGGGGCCUGGGGCCUUCUCAGGCUUCUUCGUCUCGUCCCGGGCUUCCCGAAGCUCCUCAGGUUCCAGGCUCAUCACGAGCGCGUCCUCCAAAGAGCUCUCCCCGACCUGAGGAGGCACAUGGCGAGUGGGAGCUCCCGAGGCUCCUUCCCCCGGGCCCGGGGCAGGGGGUGGGGGACGGCCCUCCGAGCUGCCCAGAGUUGGGGUCACGUUCCUCCCCCUGGGGCCCGGGGGCGCCCUCGGGGCUGGGCUGGGCUGGGCUGUGGGGAGCGCGUCCACCCGGCUCCAGGGGCCGCGGCGUGGGGCCUGAGCACCUCCUGUCCUCCCGCCAGGACGAGGAGCAGAUGUCCGCCGGCACCUACACCCCAAAGUGGUUCCUGCAGUGCUUCCUCGGCUGGACCCCCUUCUCGCUCACCCUGAAGCUGUGGGAUGUUUACAUGCUGGAUGGGGAGCGGGUGCUCAUGGCCAUGGCCUACACCAUCCUCAAGGUGCACAGGACGGGACCUGAGAGGUUCCCCAUGAGGCCCCUGGGCCUGGAGCGAGUGUCCCCGGAGCCCGGGCCUCUCCUCCCUUCUCCGGCCUCUGAGACACCACCCAGCGUGGAGGAGCAGGCUUCCCCGGGCCCAGCCACCCAGCCUGAGCCGCCCGGACCCCCUCCCGGCCAGGCCAUCGUCCAACUUCCCCCCAGCGAUGGAACUCCCUCCCCAUCCUCCCAGUGCAACAAGACGGUGCAGGCAUGGGGGCUCCGGACAUGCCAGGACAAAGACAGGGAUGACUGCCCUCAUCACUCUGAUUCAACACAGCCCGGAAGUCCUAGCCACAGCCAUCAGACGACAAAAAGAAAUAAAAGGCAUCCAAAUCAGGUAGGAAGAUGUCAAGCUUUCACUAUUUGAUGAUGAAUGAUUUUCUGUAUAGAAAACCCAAAAAUCUCCAUCACAGAACUGCUAAAACUGAUAAAUACAGUAAAAUCACAGGACACAAAAUGAACUCGCAGAAAUCUGUUGCAUUUCUAUGCAACAAUAAUGAGGCGGCAGGAAGAGAAAUUGAGGACUCAGUCCCAUGUAUACUAGCACCAAAAACACUAAGAUUGGUAGAAUUAAGCCUAACUAAAGAGGUGAAUGCCCUGUACUGUAAAUCCUAUAAAACAAUGAUGAAAGAAAUUGAAGAUGACACAAACAAAAUAGGCAUUUCAUGCUCAAGGAUUUGAAGAACAAAUAUUGUUAGUAAGGCUAUACUACUCAAAGCAAUCUACACAUUUAAUGCGAUUCCCAUCAACAUAGUAAUAGCAUUUUUCACAGGGUUGGAACAAAUGAUCCUAAAAUUUGUAUAGAACCAUGAAAGAUUGAAAAUAGACUGUUUUUCUGAUUUUUAUAUUAGAAAUUGUUAUGUCACCUGUUUAGCCCUUUAAGGUUAUUGUGUCAGACCUAUAAAAUAGGAUUUCCCCCUCAUUUUAUUUUCUUUGAUAAAGCCAUGAUGAUACACGAAUCCUGUUUUUGCAAUUUAGUUUUGACUUAAAGCUAUAUCAUAGACAUCUUCACUUUUAAUGUCUACAUAGCUCUCAUCCUUUUUAAUGUCGUAUUGCAUUGUGUAAACAAACUAUAUUUAAUUUUGUGUUGUGACUGUUUGUUUCCUGCUGUUCUAUAUUGACAAUUCUUCAAUUAAUAUUCCUGAAAAUGUGUAUAGAUAGGAUUUGAUCUAUGCAGCAUGCAAGAAUUUUUGUUACUGUUUCCUGACAAUAGAAGAACCCUCAUGGUGAGAUACGUAAAUAUCCCUUCUCUUAUUUUUAUUUCUAAGGCAAUACUUAACAUGUCCCAGAGAUUCUCACAUUUAGUAUGUUACUUAAUCCUCACCAAAAUUAUACAUAGCUAAAUACUAUUCUUAUUUUUAAAAUUUUUGUUUUUAAUUAUGAAACAGCAUACAUUUGCUGAAAAUUUACACAAUGUAGAAAUCCAUAAAGAAAAUGAACACCACCUAUAACUUAACUGCUCAGAGAAAACCUGACCGUAUUUCAAUGAAUGUCCUUCACAUCUUUCUGUACAGUUAUUUUAUAGUUGAAACUCAGCUUUAUGCACCUGUGUCCUGCUUUUUAAAAUUAUAGGAACAUUUCCUAUUACUCUUGAUAGCCAUCUCUUUUCAAUGCUGCGCAAUAUUCCAUUGUGUUUCUGUGCCAUGUUACUGAUCUUUCAGUUGGCUUCCAUUAUUUCCUACUACAACUUAUUUGCUGCGAAGGAUAUUUUUAGGUAUACAUAUUUUUCUGUGUUUUAUAUUACUUAGGGAAAAGCCCUAGAAGUGAAACUGGGAGAUCAAAGCUCUUGAUAUAUUGCCAAACUGAAGGUUUCAUUAGUCGCUCAUUCAAUUGUUCCUACCAAGCCUUCAGAUGGCCAACUGGGAAGGAGUAGGUCUUCAACUAUGUAGCACUCCUAUAUCCUUCUUGAUUCAUGACGUCAACAUCAGUCAUUUGGAAUAUACUUUUUCUGGGACGCCUGAGUGGCUCAGCAGUUGAGCGCCUGCCUUUUUCAAGGCCUGAUCCUGGGGUCCCGGGAUCCAGUCUCACAUUGGGCUCCCUGCAGGGAGCCUGCUUCUCCCUCUGCCUGCGUCUCUGCCUUUCUGUGUCUCUCAUGAAUAAAUACAAUCUUUUUAAAAAGAAAAGAAUAUAUUUUUCUUGUAUCAUUGGAAAAAUAUUCCUGAAUAUAGGAAUACAUGAAUAAAUAGAACAUAUUAUAAUAAGAGCUUUGCUAUAAUAUACUUUUUAAAAACUUGUCCCUCAGUUUCACUAUUCACUUCACAUUCCAUGGUGGGGGGGAGCCAUAUUCUUUGUAUUACCUAUAUCCUUAAUUAAGACUGAUGUCCUGUGUUGUACACAACUUCUUCAGAUAAGUAAAACAUAUUACCAUUCUAACCAUUGAUGAUUGACGAACCAUCUUGUAUUGCUGGUGACUUCUCUAAGAGCAAUGACCUGUAGUUUUGAAGAAUUUAGGUCUUUAGCUCAGUGACUUAAUAUUUAAGACUUUACUAUGGAGGCUGGUUCUGGUUCUGAUAUUUUAUGAAAAUCUAAAUAAAUUACAUUUUGAUCCUUUAAUUAUACCACUUGUCUGCUAAAUCCAAUGGCAAUGUAAAUGGUCAGAUCUAAAAAAAAAAAUCCAAGAAUAUAUU